AUGGCCAGCAAGAAGCCGACUACAUUACAGCGGCGUAAUGUAUUAUUUGAUGAAGCCCAUAGCGAUACACAGGAGGAUAAAAUACUGGAUGAAUAUAAUGGAGUAAAAUCUCAAUUCUUAGCUCCUUCCAUGGGAGAAUCGUACAAAGAAUAUGCCAAUUCCUAUAUGAACAUGGAAUUGUUGGAAAGAGGCGAACAAGAUUUGUUGAAGUACCAGGAAUCAAUUAAUGGUCAAGUCCUGCAUCCAAUCUAUGAAUUGAUUAGGACCAAUUCUCUCACCCCAGAGACCUUAGCAUCAAACAGUGAUAAAUGGGAUAAAGAUAGUGCAGAAUCCAAGUAUAUGUUUUUGAUGAGGCGAUAUUAUGCAGAGAAUGGGAUUGUGAGAGAUAGAAGGAAAGGUGACAAAAUUGUCUGUGAGCCGCUGUGUAUAUUUGACCUCAUAAUGUGUGCCCAUCUAAUGAAUGACCAUAUGACUUAUAGACCCAUAUACACAUGUUUGAAUAAAAUAUACUCUAAUAUUACUCGAGAUUUUGUUCAAAUGGCGGUAAGAUAUUGUUCAAGCUGUAAUCCUGAUGGACAUUUUAGACCGUUGGAAAAAUACAGACAUAAGAAUAUCUUUAAAGGAUUACUACCAUUAGAAAGGGUUCAUAUUGAGAUUUUCGAGGUGUUUGAUAAUGAGUCCAUCUCUAACAAAUUCACAAAUGUUCUUUACUGCAGAGAUUAUCAUACUAGGUUUGUAUGGCUCGCACCAUUGAAGAAUACCAAAUUCAAGCAUCUCGUUUCAGCGGUUGGGACGUUAUUACUAGGCAUGACUUACGUCCCGAUCUUUAUGGAAUCCAGCACGCUCGACAAACAAGAUUUAUUUGACAUAUGCGAACAACUGUGUGGAAAGUAUAAUAUGAAACUUGGACUAGGUGCGAACAGCUCUUCACAGUUCCAUAUUAACGGUAUUAAGAGGAUGAAGAAAUUGCUAAAUACACGGAAGGUCGAUUGUAUCUCAGACUGGAACAUGUGCUUAAGAUACGGUCCCUAUCACUUGAACAGACGCCAUAACACCUUAGCAGGAGGAAUACCCAAUGAUCUCCUUUACCAUUCUGACCAUACCAACAGAAAACAUUUUAGGCCGAAGCAAGAGAUGAUCAUUGAUGAGCUGCCGGCCCAAAAUGUGGUACAUGUUAAUAAGGGCCUGCUUUACCUGGAAGACGAAAAUUCGGACGUCUUUGAAGAAGAAGAAGAGCAAGAUGAUAAUGAGAGCGAUGAUAGUGAGAUGAGUCCAGGCCUACCACCAGGAAGAAUCAUAAAUAGUGCUACGCAGACCCCGGAGAGGAGUGUGGAGGCCAUGCACCAUAGUCCCGAGAUUUCUGAGCCUAAUACAUCUUUUUACCAAGAGUUGGUUUCCCCGUCCAAGAAAAGAUCUCGAUUAGCGCAGUAA